AUGCGUCUUCACCUUGCUCUUCCUCUGCAUGCUGCCUUGUUGUUUGCCGCAAUAGAUGCAGCCCGUCAACGCCCCCUUCCCCUGUCGAUCAAUGUUGACGAUACUGGAAGUCCUGUCCCAGAUCCAAACAUCGAAACCAGCAACAAUGAAGAGAGGACUGUUACUGAAAUUGUCGAGGAGGUUAAGAAAGGGAUUUCGGCGGCUUUUCUUCGAUUACUCGAAUUUGCAGGUAGAGGAGGGAAGCCUCAGGAGAAUGCUGCUCUUUGGAAGGCGCAUGAUGAAGCGACACGGAAACGUAUAAUCAAACACGAACAACAACUGAGGAGAUACAAGAAGCUGGCUCUCAAGGACAGAUCAGGGGCGGAUAUGGUGUCGAAGUUGACGACACACCACGUUAAAGACGACAUGGCUUCGUGGAUCAAAGCGAUGAAGGGCAUUGAUAACAAGGAAGUAGAAAUCAUUGCAGCCGGACUGCAGGCUUGGGAGAUACAAAAUUUGGCUGACGAUGCGUUUGUGAGUCGAGGCCUCCACGUGGCGACCUUACAAGUGAAGUCAAAUCCUAGUCCGUACUAUAAUUACGAGUGGUGCUUCGGUGACUCGAGGUUCGCGAGUUGGUAUGCAGACGUGAAAGCCAUCGACAUGCAUGACCCGGCGAUGACGAUGAUCAAGACCCUGACGCGUUUUCUCGGUGACAAAUUUCUCGCACAUGCACUCAUCUUAGCAAAAGUAAAUCCCGAAACAAAGGUGAUGGCUACAGAGCUGCAAACGGCGCAGAUAAAGUUUUGGGUACGGCAAAAAGUUGAUCUGACAUCUGUUAAGGCAUGGAUGGAAAUGGAUGAGCCAGAUUUUUACGGGGCGAAGUACUUUUUGUAUGAGCGGUACGUAAGUGUUUUUCCUUGGAGUGGGCUUGAUCGUGCAACACAGGACACUCUAUUCAGGCACGAAGAAGUCAUGCAGACGUACAUGGAAAUAUCUGGCGGGGACAUGUCGGAUGCCGAUAAGCUUAUGGAAUUGAAGGCGUUGCACGCUAAAGAUACAGUGGCAUCGGCCUUGUUCGCGGUGAAGGACGUGAAGGAUGAGCGCUUGAAGAGUGGCGCAGCCAGACUGCUGAAUGAGCAGUUUGAAGAGUGGAAGAGUCACGAAGAUUCAUCUGACCACGCGUUUAAGGAUCUCGCGCUCGACAAAAGGCGUACUUGGGAAAAGAAGGGUGUAUCUUCUUUGGCUGAGAAAGCUGCGUCGCUUUUUCUUGAUCCGAAGUUUGCAAUUUGGGAGGCGUUCCUGGACCGAGUCACUAACAAGGACCCGAAGAUGAAGAUUGCGGAGAUGAUACGCACCUUGGAACGUGUCUACAGACUAGCUGGAUCAGUUAAGUUAUUCAGCGCUGCGAAACAGAUCGAGAGUUUGAACGAACUUGCCAAGAGGUUGCAGACGUCUCAGAUAGAACUCUGGAUAAGCCGAAACGUCCACCCGGAUGACAUUUGUGACUUUAUGGCCGUCGAAGGAGCAGCAUACGAUGAUGAGCAGAUCAAACUUCUUCACAUCUACAAAGACACCUACACGCCGCGCUCGUACAAGGGAUGGGAAGACGAGCGCAUUCGUAUCUUUCAUCUAUAG